AUGAAUUGCAACCGUCAUCGUCGUUAUCAUUCAAAACAGCAACAACCACUACUACUUACAACCAUUAUAGCAGCAGUAUUGAUUAUCUUUGCAUGGUUACAAGCUUCCAGGGCCUUGGAUUUGGGUCAAAGUGUGGACAAUCAAUUGGUUAGACCAGGAGGAAAGUUUCCAAUGACAAAUCAAACUCUCAUUGAAGAAUUAUCCAAUUUUAUAGUUUCCAAUUCUUCACUCAAUCAAAUUUGUUCAGUGCAACGUGUUAUUAAUCCUCAACAACAAAUUGUAGCUGGAACCAUGUACUAUAUGACUAUCCAAGUUUCCAGAAUCAAACCAGGAAGUGGAUAUACAACUGCUCAAUGUGGUACAGUCAAUCCUGCCAAUUUGGAAGUAGUUUGUGAGGAAGUUAAAAUUUUCAAACCACUCAACUCAAACACUUAUCAAAUUAAGAAUGAAACUAUUGUAACUUGUCCACCUUAA